GUGCCAUAGAUGAAGGAGGUGUUUAUCUCUUUGGUGAUAUUGAUUGUGAUUUCUGGCACUAUUUUGUUUCAAUAAAUUUGAUUGCUGCCUGUGUAAAUAUUAAAUCAAAAUUGAAAUUCUGCUAACUUAUGCAAGGAACUGCACAUUGAUUCCUUGGUAAAAAGACCUCUUUCAUAGCUCUUUUCGACAACAAGUUUUGGCUGAAGCAAGUUACAACACUAAUAUGUCAAAGAGACUAGGAGUUCAACAACCAUUGAUGAAGAAGGCCAUGCCCGAAAGAAUGCAAAAAUUCAAACUGCAGCACAAGACAUUGAAAGUUCCUUGACCGAUCAGUGAUGAGAGAGAGAGAGAGAGAGAGAGAGAGAUUCCUAAUUGUAUCUAUAUGAAUAUAUAGGGGUUGGGUUAUUUGUAACUACAGUAUGACAUGAAUGUUCAUGUUCCUAUCUAGUCGUCAAAGGCAGUAAGUUGUCUAGAACUUUGAAACCCCAGCAAGAUGUUACACCGAACUUGAUCACUUACAACACUUUGAUCCAUGGAUUAUGUAAUUUCGGCAGGUGGGAGGAAGCAAUAAGAAUGUUGAGAGACAUGACAAGCAAAAAUGUUUUUCCAGAUGUUCUUACCUUUAAUACAUUGAUAAAUGCGCUUUGCAAGGAUGGGAUGGCAAAAAAAGCAGAGGCUAUUCUUGAAGUCAUGGUUCAAAGAGGUGUUGGUCCCAAUGCAGUCACAUAUCGUACACUAAUGGACGGUUAUUGUUUGCUAGGACACAUGGACAGAGCAAUAGAAGUCUGUCAUUCCAUGGUGGAUAAGGGCAUUGAGCCGAACAUUAUUUGCUUUAACAUUUUGAUCAAUGGACAUUGCAAGAAUAUGAAUAUUGAAGAGGCCAUGAAUGUUUUUUGUGAAAUGCCUCGUAAGGGAUUGAAACCCAUAAUUGAAACUUACAAUACUAGGUUGCAGGGAUUGUUUGGGGUUGGUAGGUGUUCUGUUGCUCAAGGACUUCUGAAUGAGAUGCAAGCUUGGGGUCAGCAUCCAGAUUUUUAUACUUACUGGAUAUGGCUGGAUGGCUUGUGCAAGAAUAGGCGUAUUGAUGAAGCAUUGUUGUUUGAGGAACUAGAAUGCAGUGGCAUAAAUCCUGAUAUUACUAUGCACAAUAUAUUAAUUCAUAGAUUUUGCAAAGAUGGGAAGGUUGAGAUGGCAAAGAAUCUGUUUGGUAAACUUUCUCACAAAGGGUUAUGGCCUGAUAUUGUGACUUAUAAUAUGAUGGUGGGUGGAUUUUGCGAGCAAGGACUAUUGGGUGAAGCAAAAGAGUUGCUCGUGACCCCAGGAUAUACUUGAAAUCCGUAACACCAAAGAAAUUUGUUAAGCUAUCAAGCUGUUGGAUAAUUAUAUCUCUUUGGAUAAUUGUUAGUUCUCUACAAUUUGACCUUUGAAGCAUCAUCAUAAAAUUAUCUCUUUGGAAUUUGGUAGGUAAGUUUUUACUUGAUUGUUUUUAUAAUUUACUACUUGACAUGAAGUGAAGCAAUUUGUUCAAAGUUUUGGAUCUUCGUCUUGUGCAUCCAGUUCCUCCUAAGGUGUGAAUGGUUUCUUGUGUUAGUCCUCAAGCUGUUUGCUAUAAUGUCUGGUUGUAUCAUUUUGUUAAAGUGGGUUUGGAUGGCUUCGCUUUUUGUUCAUUUUGUUUUGUCUUUUUUCUUUCAUUUACUUUAUUUUGUGGUAGAAAAUGUCUCCAUAUGAAAUUACCCGAGAGUUUCGUUGUAUUUAGAUUAAGAUGACAAGUAGCUAGCGUGUUAUAUUUUCUUUCUUCCAUAAGGUUGUUCUUUCCUCUUUUUUUUUUUGGGGUCCUUCCCCCUCAUUAGAAGUUUGAGAAUGUGUUCACAAUGGAGCUUAGUGCUUUUGUUUCACCUUGCAGAUUCUCAUUGUUGUUGUUCGUUGAUUGCAAGUGUGCCAUAGAUGACGGAGGUUUUGGCUGAAGCAAGUUGCAACACUUGCAUGUCAAAGAAACUAGGAGUUCCAACAAUUCCCAUUCUAUACAACUGACUGAUACCAAUGAUGAAGAAGGUCAUGCCAGAAAGAAUGCACAAAUUCAAACUGCUACACAUGACCUGAAGUUCCUUGACAAAUCAGUGAUGAGAGAGAGAGAGAGAGAGAGAGAGAGAGAGAGAGAGAGAGAGAGAGAGAUUCCCACUUCUAUUUAUAUGAAUAUACGGGGUUGGGUUGUUCGUACAAUAUGACAUGAAUUUUAAUUUUAUUAUCCAAUCUUCGAAGGCAGUUCUCUAAAAACUUUGAAACCUCAA